AUGUCUUUCUUCGGUGCUGGUGCCGCCGCUGCCUCGGCCGGUUCGACCAACACGACCGGUGAUAUCUCCAAGGAUGUGCAGCUUAAUCAGCCUCCGGAGGACAGCAUCUCGGAUUUGCGAUUCUCGCCCACCAGCGAUCACCUGGCUGUCGCAUCAUGGGACAAGAAGGUCCGCAUCUACGAAAUCAAAGGCGACGGUCAGAGUGAAGGCAAGGCAUUGUUUGAGCAUGAAGCUCCAGUCUUGAAUUGCUGCUGGUCACCAGACGGAACCAAGGUCGUUGGCGCCGGUGCCGACAAAGCUGCUCGUCUGUUGGAUCUUGGUGCAAACGGUGCCCCCGCUACCCAGGUCGCUGCCCACGAUGCCCCGAUCCGAAGCUGCCAUAUGAUCCCCAACCCGUCAGUAGGCGGGUCACCGCUCCUCAUCACCGGCUCCUGGGACAAGACCGUCAAGUAUUGGGACCUGCGUCAACAGCAACCGAUCGCGUCUUUGGAGUGUCAAGAACGCAUCUAUAGCAUGGAUGUCAAAAACAAGUUGCUGGUCGUUGGUACUGCUGAUCGCUACAUUAACGUGAUUAAUCUCGACAACCCGACCAAGAUCUACAAGGCCGAACAAUCCCCUCUCAAAUGGCAGACGCGGGUAGUCAGCUGCUUUAGCGAUGCUUCAGGUUAUGCCGUUGGUAGUAUCGAGGGUCGUUGUGCCAUUCACUACGUCGAGGAGAAGGACCAGUCUGCCAAUUUCUCUUUCAAGUGUCACCGUGAAACCCCGCCUGCCAACCGCGACGUCUGCAACAUCUAUUCCGUCAACGCCAUUUCAUUCCACCCCGUCCAUGGCACCUUUAGCACUGCCGGCAGUGACGGCACUUUCCACUUCUGGGACAAGGAUGCCAAGCACCGUCUGAAGGGCUACCCGGCCGUCGGCGGUCCCAUCUCCUCUACUGCUUUCAACCAGACCGGCAGUAUCUUCGCCUACGCGGUCAGCUAUGACUGGAGCAAGGGCUACUCUGCAAACACCCCGCAGCUUCCUAACAAGGUCAUGCUGCAUCCCGUUGGCCCCGAUGAGACAAAACCCCGUCCGGGUACUCGCAAGCGAUGA